AGACUGAACAGGUGCAUCAUCGAUAGGCUAUCAAUGUCUUCCGGAUCCAUGCCAGCCUUGACGGCCCGAGCAGCCAAAGGUAUAUAAACCUCUUCCUUGCCCACUGAAUAGUUUCUAUCAUCAUCAGCAUCGCAUCCCAUCGCAUCUUAAUCUUAUACUCUCAAACUCUCAACAUCUAAAAGCAAAUCAGCUUCUUAACCAGCAAAAUGAAGUUCACCGUCGGUUCUGCUAUGGUGGCUACCACCUUCCUCUCCGCUGCGAACGCCGCUUUCCCCUCCAUCCCCAACAUCCCCGAGACCUGCUUGGAGAUCCCCCAGGUCAUUGGCAACAAGCCUCUCCAGCUGCUCUCCUACUUCCACAAGGAGGUCUGUGAGAAGAACUGCACUGCCACCAUCAACCAGCACAACCAGUACCUCCAGGAGUCGGUCUUCCCCCAGAUCAUGAAGGAUCUGGACCAGAAGCUGGACGUGCCCGCCUCCGAGCAGGCCUCUUUCCAGAAGAUCCAGACUCAGAUCAACUCCGCCAUCGAGAAGGACUGCAAGUCUGAAGGCGACAAGCCCCUGUGCAAUGACCUCGAGGGUCUGGCCAGCUACGGCCUCUGCGCGCUCAAGGCUAGCCAGCCCAUCAUCUUGAACAACAUUGGCCAGCUCCAGGGCUCCAUGAACAUCACCGACGCCGACUGCACCAAGAUCAAGCAGAUCGACUCUGAUGCGACUGUCUGGCAGAAGACCCUGCCCAGUUACAUUGACAAGUUCGCUCAGGAGUGUUCGCGAGACCAAAUCUUGGGUGAUAGAAGCUUGCUAUGUCGCAGGGACUCUGACGCUGUAGCAGCAUCUGGGAUGCUUGCCGUCGCUCCUUUGGACGCGUCGAAUCGCAAUGAGGAAUGUCAUUUCUAUCUCCUUGCAGAAAGCACCCUUGCCAGCCCCCGAACGAACCUCUCUGAGAUUGGAUCUACUUCACCGAACAUCAGUGGCAUCACGGGCACCCCAGACGGAUCCACUGAGCAUCUCGGCAUGCCAUCCUCGGUACCAUGCCCCGCCCUAAAGUCAACGAAAAAGCGAUGCAGUGGGACAUUUCCAUGUUCGAAGUGUAUCAGGCUCGGACGCGCCGAUACAUGCGUGCCGAGUCCACGGUCCGCUGCUCAACGGCCGACUGCAAACACCCGAAUCUCCGGCAAUAGCAAUGCAAGCUAUGAUUCUGGGCGUCGACCAACCACAACUCUCAGUGCAGGUAGCUUGGCAGGUCGGGUAGAUUCCGCUAGCAUCGAGGCUUCGGAGCCGAGUCGAUCGACGGUAGAUACUCAGCCUAUGUCCCCAGAAACAUUACAUAGGACUCAUCCACGGAUGCUCCGCAAUCUCCGUGGCGAACGAGCUAAUCCGCUUCCGGCAGUCUAUGUGGGAAAGGCUGCCUCCUUGUCCUUUCUGCAACUAGUCCGGGACACUGUAUCACAGUAUAUUGGGCCAUCGCAAUUCUCGCACAAUGUGAAAAGCGAGGAUAUGCUAGAGAUGGAGACACCGCAUGGAACACCACCAACGCUAGAGAGUAGUCUGGACUCAUAUCAGCUACUCCAGUACUAUCAGACAUAUAGCUCUGCUACGAGUGGCUUCAUCUACGUCUUGUCAAGUGCAGAGGCUAUGGAAGUUCUUGAUGCUUUAAUUGAGCCCAGCACACAUCCAGACAGGACAGAAAUGGCUGUUGCAGGUAUGAUAAUUGCUAUCGGGGCACAGGCCAGCAAACGCACUGUAUCGACCGAGCAAGCUGAGCGCUAUUUCUUCUCCCGUGCUCAACGCAGCGCCUUUGAGGGGAUGUUGGAAAACCCCAGCUUGACUCUGAUACGUUUAUUCCUGUUGAUGUCCUUCUACAUGCUCGGUGCUUGUCGUCGAAAUGCUGCCUUCAUGUACCUUGGAGUGGCUGUUCGAGCUGCUGUGGCAUUGGGUCUUCAUCUUACCGAGCUCGCGGAUGCCGUGCCUAGCCCUGAGCAACACCAGAGAGCAAGGGUGUGGAUGAGUGUUUACAACCUGGACCUCCUAGUAAGCUCUAUCCUUGGGAGACCAGCUGCGACAGCUGCUCUGCGUUCGGAAACAGAAGAUGGUCCUAUCCGUUACGCACUCCUGGAAGGCCAUAUGUCGAUUGGCUUGGUAGCCUCCUAUGGGGUCUCGAGGAUCUUGGAGGAGAUUAUCUCGUCUAUGUACAGCAAGGACGGAGCCUCGGCUGAGCUCGCGGACUCGCUUUUAGCCAAACUCAAACAAUGGAGCGAUGAACUACCGGGGCCAUUGGUGGAGCCUCCUAAUCUUGACUUUGACGAACCCGCUGCGCGAACCCACAUCAUCAACAAUCUUCACGUUGCUUGCAUUUACCAUUUUGCUGUAAUCACGGCGACACGACCCUUCCUGGUGUCAGUAUUGGGUGUGCGACUGGCGCGUUUGCACAAUGACUCCGGCACAUCAAGCGAUCUGUUGCACGAAGAUGCAGCACAUUCCAAUCUUGCAACUGCUUGCAUCGAUUCAGCCUUGUACAUGAUACAGACAUGCUCCGAGGUGCAUCGCUCUGGACUCAUGCUAGGUAAUAUGUGCAUACUGAAGGCUUUUGUAUUUGCUGCCGCCUUGGUUCUCGGGUUCUCGAUGUUCUCUCGAAAAGAGGCUGAGCCCUCACAUGAACAGGCUUACGGGGAAGCCCUGGAGAUUCUUCGUGUGCUUUCGGAGCAGUCCGCCCAGGCAGGACAUUACUUUGAGAUACUCAGUUGCCUGGGAAAUGCCGUGGCUGAGCAGCGUCGACGACUUGUACAGCAUUCCCGCCAGACCAAGGGUCGAUAUGUCAGUAAGCUUUUUAGUCUGGAUGAUCGCAGGCCAUCAGUGGAGGUACAGGAAGGGCUAGACACGUCAUUUAACAAUGGCGUUUCUGCUAUAGCCCCUGAAGCCGGCAUCUCGGAUCCAUGGGCUGGCAUACAACGCCUGGGCUUUAUGGACACUUUGGAGAUUGAUGCGGCAUUCUCUGGCCUCGACGGUAUGCAGCUCCCGGUGUGGGAUAGCUUUCCCUUUGUUGGCGAAGCUUUUCAGCUGCAGGGCAGAGUGGGUGAUGUAACUUAAUGUAGUAUGAG